AUGGCUUCCGGCUCUUAUCCCUGGGAGCGGCUGCCGAAGCCUGAUAUGGCCAGUACAACCUUCCUUCUUCUCCUGGAAGGCCCUGACGACGCUUUUGGACUACAGGCCGAUUGUCCUAAGACGCCAGUUACCCCACAAGAUCCAGAAGUCAGCGGAGAGCAACAAAGAACACAGAAGAUCAAAGAGGCAAUUCAGCAUUCACAUGAGUCGCCGGCGCUGAAGGCUAAGAUGGCCGCUUCACGAAUACUCCCCAAACCUUUUGCCGACAUUGACGAGGAUUCAAACUUGGACGACGCUGCUUUGCAGAAAAUCAACCAGCUUGUAAACAUGGACGACAGCGACUCAGAACGGUCGGAGUUGAAUAAACUUUUUCCCAACGCAGUGCGUACGAUCAAGCUUUCGGAGGGCGAUCAGGACAACAUUGAUCGUGCGUUGAGGCUUGAAAGUGUCAAAAGCGCAAUGUUGACACAAGAAGUGCGCAAAAGGAGGCAGGUUUCUGAAGAGCAAACUGCGCUCGCAAAUGAGGCUUCUGCUGAUGCGUUUCUGCUGAAACGAGCAAAAGGGAAUCUACAGGAUAUAGUUUCCCGCAAACUGAGUCGGACAGAGAAAGACUAA